AUGGAGAGAGAGAUGGAGGCGCACGUGGAGCGUGCGCUUCGUGAUACCCUGACGGAGGCGGAGGCGCGUGCGCUGGAGGGCGCGGUGCGGGAGUACCACACGUUCCCGGGCCGGUCGCGCGGCGGGACGUGCACUUCGCUGGUGGCGCAGCGCGUGGCGGCGCCCGUGCGCGCGGUGUGGCCAAUCGUGCGCAGCUUCGGCAACCCGCAGCGGUACAAGCACUUCGUCCGCACCUGCGCGCUCGCCGCCGGGGACGGCGCCAGCGUCGGCAGCGUGCGCGAGGUCACCGUCGUGUCAGGCCUCCCGGCCUCCACCAGCACCGAGCGCCUCGAGGUGCUCGACGACGACCACCACAUCCUCAGCUUCCGCGUCGUCGGCGGCGACCACCGCCUCCACAACUACCGCUCCGUCACCUCCGUCACCGAGUUCCAGCAGCAGGCCCAGCACGGCCGCCCCUACUGCGUCGUCGUCGAGUCCUACGUCGUGGACGUGCCCGAGGGCAACACCGAGGAGGACACCAGGAUGUUCACCGACACCGUCGUCAGGCUUAACCUCCAGCAUCUCGCCGCCAUCGCCGAGGAGUCCGCCGCCGCGGACGAGAGCACGUGAUCGCCCGUGGUGGGCGCGCGCGCUGGGGUGACUUUGCAUGGUGGUGAUGGCGACCAGGGCAGCGCCGAACGAUGUCGUUGCCUCUUCUUGUUUUUGUUCUUUUCUUUUCCUUUCUUUUCAUUUUGUAUCUCCUUUUUUCACCUUUUCUUGUCGUGUAAGAAAACCUUUGUUGCGGCGUAAGAAA